CUCGGGGCCGAAACACCCAAGCUGACUCCUCUAUCGGGCUCUCCUGGUCCUCCACCUCCUGCUCAGACAUCCCACCUAAGAUUCAGUACUUUCCAUCACAUAAUAAACAUGUAGCACUUCUCUGUCUUCGUCAACUUCAAACUCUCAAAUUAAUCAUUUCUUUUCCAACUCAAAACUCCCACCCACGAUACUUAUUACUCCGUCCUUCUUUGAAAAAUCAAAAUUAGGGUUUCAAUUUUUCAUUUUCAUCUUCAGUUCUACUACUCUUCUUAAAAAAUCCUGAUGGCAUCACAUCCAAUCCAUUCAUGGACGUUUUCGUCACUAGUAGGAGCUUUUCUAGAUCUUUCAUUAGCUUAUCUUCUCUUAUGUGGAUCAACUCUAGUUUUCAUCACUUGUAAAUUCUUAUCAGUAUUUGGAUUAUAUUUACCAUGUCCUUGUAAUGGAUUUUUCUUUAAUGAUCGAACUAAAUGUGUGAAUAGAUUCUUAACGGAUGCUCCUUCUAGUAAGAUCUCUUCUGUUCAUAUGUCUGUUAUUAGUAAAUUUCCGUUUGAUUCAAUUCUGAUGAAAGAUCAACGAGGUAGACAGUUGAAUUUGAAAUUAGUAAGAGAUCAUAAUAGAGAUCGGUUUGAUAGUGGCUUCGUGGAAUUGGAUAGAGGAGGAGGAGGAGAAUAUGGUGAUGGUUCUUGUAGUUCUGUUUCUGAUACUAGGGCACCAAUUAGAAGUGAAGUUGUUGGAUUACUUAAUUCUAGUGAAAAUGGAUUGGUUAAGGGUAAGACUGUUUUGAAUCAGAAAACUAGGGUUAUUCGAAGACGAAAGAGAGCUUCUGCUGCUGUUGAGCAUGGGCAAUUCUCAUCUGUUUCUGAUAAUCUUCAACAGUCGAGUAAGCGAGAUGUUUCUCCUUCGAAUUAUGGCGGUGAUCAAACAAGGAGGAGAGUGUUUUCUGAUGAUGAUGAUAUACAAGAGGAGAAUCAGACGGCUGUGAAUCCACCAAUAAAUGCAAGCCAAGAGGUAAAGGAAGCACCGGCCGACAUCAACUCAAAUCAAGGAGUCCAGGGUGGUUUUCAGGUGACCGAGUUGGAUGAAGAUAAGAAUACAGAGAGGGGUGCAUCUUCUGCUGGGGAAUCUGUGUAUGAUGUUAAGGGAGAGCUCGGAUUAGACGAAAACGAUGCGCAUUCAGUUAGAAUCUUGCAACAUGCACUUGAAGAAGAGCAUGCUGCUCGAAUUGCUCUUUACAGGGAGUUGGAGGAAGAGAGAAGUGCUGCUGCAUCAGCAGCUGAUGAGGCUAUGGCAAUGAUAUUGCGUCUGCAGGAGGAGAAAGCAUCUAUAGAAAUGGAAGCACGGCAAUAUCAGAGGAUGAUAGAAGAAAAACAUGCUUACGAUGCUGAAGAAAUGACCAUUCUUAAGGAGAUCCUUGUGAGAAGAGAAAGGGAGAAACACUUUCUGGAGAAGGAAGUUGAAGCUUAUAGGAAGAACAUGGGUCUUAGGAAUGAGCACUCAGAAGGUGACCUUCUUUCAAUGGAGGACAUGAUUGGGGAAGGCCAUGCUUCCUUCAAUUCGAGCGAAGACCCGAUGCUUAUGCUGCUAAAGCUUAGUGAGUCCAUGAGCAACAAGGAGACAGUAGACAAUGUGGACAAAUCAGUUGAGUUUGAUGUUAUGAAACAGGAUCCUGUGUUCGCUGUUGGGGAGAGACUGCCUUCAUCAGACAGUCUUGAAGAUGGUGAUUCUCUAAGACGAGUGAAUAUUCAGAGAGCCUUAGACGCUGAAAAACAGCAUCGAGUUGUAUCUGAGUGCAUGGAUGAACUUGAGCAGAAGUUGCUGGAGAAAAGGAUAGUAUCAUCUGACAAACAACCAUCUGCUCCGCAACAUCCGGGUUUGGCACUAGAGGGAGGCUGUAUGUCUGAAAAAUCGUUCGAGGAGGUACAUGGACCUGAUUUGCAUGAAAAAACAAUUAUUUUACUGGAUGAAGAUGAAAGGCAUAAGGAUAACUGUAGCCUAUUCCAAGGGGUUGCUUCCGAGACAGGCCAAAUGCGUAGUGAUAUUGAAAUUAGUUUUCCAUUUGAUGUUACGGAUCUGAAGAAGCAAGGGAAAGAUACUGAUCGCGGGGUCACGGAUCUAUCUUUUGAAAGUGUUUACGAUGUCCAUGUCAUUGAUGAUGAUUCGAAGACUAAUAACCAGGAACCUAGUACAUCAUCUUUUCCGCUUCAUACUUCUGGUUUCAGGAGUUAUGAUCGCCCUAGUGCAAGCAGUGCUGAAGCCCAUCCUGACAUCCACAGAAGCUAUUCUGACAUCACAAAUGUGUUGCUACCAGUAGAUAAAUCAGUGGGCAAAGACAUACAUUUUGACUUACUAAAGAGGAGUUCCACAUCUGGGGUUGAUAGUGAAAGGAUGAAACUUGAAACUGAGGUUGAGCGACUCAGAGAAAGGCUAAGGGUUGUUCAAGAAGGAAGAGAGAAGCUUCAUAUUUCUGUUGAACCCCGAGAAAGAGAACAAAUCCAAUUGCAACUAUUGGAGGACAUAGCCAGUCAGCUUCGGGAGAUCCGGCUGUUAAACGAACCUGGAAAGGCUGUACGACAAGCUUCUUUACCUCCUCCAUCUGCUAAGGUUGGCUCGAAGAAGAGACGCUGUCGAAGUAGUGCACAUUGGGGUAUCCAUGGUAGUAGCUGAGCCAGGUACCAGUUUGUUUGCUGAAAACGACAUAUUCCUGAAUACUUUAACACCAACUUUGGUAGAGCUUCAUGCGGAAAUGCUACUUCUAAAUGAAUCAAAGCUGAGAACAUGAUGUUGUCUAGAAUCUGUGUGAAGCUAAAUCAAGAAGGGGUCAAGAGGAGAUAACAGGUACUCUUAAAUGUAAUAUGUAUACACACUGGUAGGACACUGUUUUGUCUUAGUGUUAUGCUCACAUACCAUGUAUCUGCGGCAAGAACCAUGUUGUAUAACAAAAUUUGCAGGUUGCUAUCUAACCCUACAAGUCUGAGGUACAUGUUGGUAGACUAAUUGUGGCAUCACAUAAAUACCCAAAA